GCGUGCAAGGUUUGCAGCCACGUGGGUAGAGCGCGGGUGGAGGAGGAGAGGAGGAGGGUCCCGGGGGUUUUUGAACCCCUUCCAGACACCAUCGGAGCCUCUCUAAGCGCAGAAACUGCUGUUGUCAGGAGAAUCGCCAUGCCUUCCGCGGAGAUCAUCAGUGGGAAAACCGUGUCCGCCCAAGUAAGGGAGAGACUGAAGAACCAAGUUGCAGAAAUGAAAACAAAGGCUCCAGGUUUCAGGCCAGGCCUUGCUAUUCUGCAGGUUGGCGAUCGGGAUGAUUCAAACCUCUACAUUAGCAUGAAGCUGAAGGCUGCUGCUGAGAUUGGGAUCAAUGCCAAUCACAUCAAGUUGCCGAACACUGCUACAGAAGCUGAGGUGCUCAAAUGCAUUAACAAUUUGAACGAAGACCCUGGCAUCCACGGGUUUAUAGUGCAAUUGCCUCUGGAUUCAAACAAGCCCAUCAACACAGAGAAAAUAACCAACGCUGUGGCACCCGAGAAAGAUGUCGAUGGCUUGAGCAGUAUUAAUGCAGGGAAACUGUCGCGUGGUGAACUCAACAACUGCUUCAUUCCUUGCACACCAAAAGGAUGCAUGGAGCUUAUCAGGCAAACAGGUAUUCAAGUAGCGGGCAAAAAAGCAGUAGUGAUUGGACGCAGUAAGAUAGUCGGGGCUCCGAUGCAUGACCUGCUGCUUUGGAACCAUGCAACCGUGACCACCUGCCAUUCCAAGACUGCAUCACUGGCUGAUGAAGUCAGUAAAGCAGAUAUCCUGGUGGUUGCAGCUGGCAAAGCUGAGAUGGUGAAAGGUGAAUGGAUCAAACCAGGUUCAGUAGUGAUUGACUGUGGAAUCAAUCACAUACCAGGUAAUAUUAAAGAGUGACUGUGAAAAAUGGUU